AUGUCGAUCGUUAUUGACAAGAUCCUCGCGGCCUCGCCAAGUACGGAGCGGGGUCGGCCAACUCAGCUCUCAUCAGACCCCAAGGGAGAGCGCAUUGCUUAUGCCUCAGGCAAAUCUAUCUUUCUUCGAUCCAUCGACGAACCCUCUCUCAGCAAACAAUACACUGACCACACAACCUCGACUACGGUGGCACGCUUCUCCCCCUCCGGAUUCUACGUAGCUUCUGGAGAUGUCUCCGGUACGGUAAAGGUUUGGGAUGCGAUAGAAGGAGUCAAUACAAAGGGCACCUACCAAAUCAUAUCUGGACGAAUCAACGAUAUUGCUUGGGAUGGAGACUCUCAACGCAUCAUUGCUGUUGGUGACGGGCGUGAGAAGUUUGGCCAUUGCAUAACUGCGGAUAGCGGUAACUCCGUAGGGGAAAUCAGCGGACACUCUUCAGUCAUUAACUCAGUAUCGAUCCGCCAGCAACGACCUCUACGAGCAGCUACGGGUGCCGACGAUAGCAGUCUAGUCUUCCUACACGGGGCGCCAUUCAAAUAUGCCACAAAGCUUGGAGGACUGCACAAGGGAUACCUUUAUGGUGUGGAGUUUUCACCGGAUGGAAACCAUCUCGUCAGUGUUGGUGCAGAUCGUAGGAUACAACUAUAUGAUGGCAAGACCGGGGAAGCCACGGUGCAGAUUGGUGAGGGAGAACACAAAGGAAGCAUAUUUGGGGUUUCUUGGGCGAAGGACUCGAAGCGUUUUGUAACGGCAAGCGCAGAUCAAACAGUUAAGAUUUGGGACGUGGAAACUGGAAAAGCUAUCCAGAGCUGGCGACUCGGCGGGGAAGGAAACGUUAGUAUUCCUGAUCAGCAGGUUGGAGUGGUAUGGCCUGCAGGACGUAGUGAUGGCAUGGUAAUCAGCUUGAGCCUGGCUGGAGAUCUCAACUACCUCGCCGAGGGAAGCCAGAAGCCUACCAGGGUUAUCCAAGGGCACAACAAAAGCAUCACUGCCCUUGGCUCUAGUCAUGAUGGAAAAUCUCAAACUUUCUGGACAGGCAGCUUUGAUGGUAGAGUCUGUUCUUGGGAUAGUGCCUCGGGCCUUGGCUCAGUGGUUGAAGGCAGUUCGCACACCAACCAAGUAGCAGCCUUCACCACUACACCCGAUAGAGCCUAUAGUGUUGGCUGGGACGACACUCUGCGGAUUGUUGACACAGCUGGAAAAACUUUCCUUGGAGAAGCGGCUAAGUUGACUGCUCAACCUAAGGGAACGGCAUCCGCAGAAGGUCGACUCUUCGUUGCUACUGCUUCGGGAAUAGACAUCUUCUCCAAAGAUAGCUUGGUGGGGACAUUCCCGACCAAGGAGUUUACCCCUACGGCUAUUUCAGCACAUGGAUCUCUGAUUGCUGUUGGGACCGACCAACACGCGGUGCAUAUCUACACGGUCGAUUCAAGCAACAAGCUAAAUGAAAAGGAGAAGUUGGAAAACUCAGCUCCUAUGAUUACAGCCCUCGCCUUUUCACCAGAUGGAUCACUUCUGGCAGUUGGUGGCUCUUCUGGAAAGAUCAUUGUCUAUAACACUGGCUCUUGGGACAUAAAGACUGAUCGAUGGUCUGCUCACACGGCGAGAGUCUUGAGCAUUGGUUGGAAUGCAGAGGGAACACAUGCUGUGAGUGGCGGUCUGGAUACCAAUGUCUUUGUUUGGAGUCUGGCAUCUCCAGGCAAGAGAGUCAAGGCAGCAAAUGCUCAUAAGGACGGCGUGUUUGGGACAUGCUGGCUUGAUGGUGGAAAGAAAGUUGCUAGCACUGGUGGGGAUGCUGCAUUGAAGAUAUGGGAUGUUUCCAAACUCGAAUAG